UCAAGAUGGCAUUUUCACGAUCCAUAAAGGGAGCCCAAAUACCAAAACCAUGCGAGUUGUGUGAAACUGACACAAACAUUAAAUGGAAAUGUGUACAAUGCAAUACACUUAUGUGUGAAAAAUGUAAGAAAAUUCAUUUAAAAGUUCAAACCUCAAUCACACAUGACAUUGUUGAUGUAAAAGGUUCAGAGGCUAAAAAAGAACAGGAACAUACGAUUAUUACUGAUAACAUUCCCUGUCAGAUUCACAAGAAAAAGUUGAAUUGCAUGUUUUGUAGAACAUGUGACCGCUUAGUAUGUCCAGAUUGUAUAACUGCUUCCCAUAAAAAGCAUGACCUAGAUUCAAUUGAGACAGUGUGCAAUGAAAGAAGAGAAAAACUGAAAGAAAUAGAAUCCAAAUUUUCAGAAAAAUUCACACUUUGUGAAAAAGAAAACAGUAAAGUUAGGGAUUUUAAAGCAAAAUAUGAGCAAUUUUCUGCUGAAUCUGUUCAGAAAAUUAAUCAACAAGAAAAGUUGAUCAUGAAUGAAGUCAUAAAGUAUGCUAAAGCACUUAGAGAACAAAUAGAAAGUGAAAAGCAAAGAAUAGAAAAAUCUAUCACAGAAAAAGAGAAGCAAAUGGCAGAAGUAAAGGAAACUUUACUUUAUAAGCAAAGCAACAUACAAGAAGUAUUAGAAUCAAAUCAAGCUGCGUAUGUGUUCAAUACUUUUUCAGAAUUCAGAAAAAAUGAAAUUCCAGAUGCAUCCUUUGAGGCCUUUCCUGACGAAUCAAAGAAUUUCUUUCCUACAAAAGGAAGUUUAAUGAACAUGACCAACUUAUUUGGUUCACUUCAGAAAUCAAAACUUCCAAAGGGAUUGCCACAAGUCAACUUAGAUGUUAUCAAGAGUUAUACUACAGAUUUUAACACAGUGGAUGGAAUAAUAAUACAGGAUGACAAGACAGCUUGGAUUUGCGAUGAUGAUAUACCUACUCUUCAUAAAAUAAACAUUGAUGACAAAAUCACAACUGUUAAAGAUAUUUCAAGAUUAUUCACUGUCCCUUUUAUCAUUACAUCUAAUGUUAACAAUGACAUACUGGUUAUAGAUAGAACAUGUAAUGAUGAUGAGAGGGUGAUCGUUCUGGACAGGGACGGACAGGUUAAGUGGACCUAUCAGGGAAAUAAUCAGGUUAAUUCGGGGGAUAAACUAUUUAAUCCUGCAGAUAUAGUAACAACAUCAGACAUGUUAUAG